CUUAAGCUGAGUUGGUUAGCUGUGUUGUUUUGGUUAGCAUCUUGCAAGCUAAUUGUAGCACCUGUUAGGAUUUGAUGAGCAGCCGUGUAAACUGACGACUCCGAGCCGAAUAUGUCUAAAGCUGUCGUAGUUGCAACAUCUGUGAAAACGUAACAUGUCCUUCGAAAUGCGUUUUUGUUUAGUUAUUCAUUAAAAAUACAUUUGAUUGAAACGGCGUGUGGCUGAUCUUCUGUCAAACUUUAUACCAGAGGAUGAAGCAGCGCUGAUGAAAAAUGGAAGAUAUACGUGCCUCGUGUGCUCCUACCGCCCAGUGUUUGACACUGUAGAUAUGCUGACAGUCCACAGGAAAGGGAAACGGCACCUGGAAGGACUGAAAGCAUUUUAUGGUAAGAAAGCCCAGCUGAAGAAUGAAAUAACAAAAAGGCAACAUGAAAACUAUGUCCAGGCUGAAGACAAAAGACAGGAACCCUCGUCCUCAGCUCCUUUACUGAUACAGACACGAAAGCUGACACAUCAUGCAUUACUGAAGACGGUACCGUACAACAGCUGCCAUAGAAAGACCAGCACAAAAUUGGACAAAGUACCCCAGAACUUCAGCUUACAGUUCAGCAAAACGGCAACAGAACAAGAAGAUGACCACCGGAAAACUGAAAGUUCAAACUGUUUAUCACAGAGAAGUUCUAGUGGCUGCACAGCAGCAGCUAAUGAAGAGUCGCAUCAAUCAGCUGAGCCAGAAGCGUUUCAAGCUACAGUGAAACAAGACGAUCAGCCUUUAACAGCAAAGAGGAGGCAAGAGCUGGAGCACUACCUCAGACUAAAAAGUAACGGGUGGAUACAGGAUCGGAGUGGCCAGUGGGUCAAAGACGAGAAUGUGGAAUUUGAUUCAGAUGAGGAGGAGCCUCCUUCACUGCCCUCCCCUACCAGUUACUGAGAGGGCUAAGAACUGUGGGAAAACACCGAUUGACUUUAACUAAAGCGGUUCAUUCAGAGACUAUAGUGGAACUUUUAGACACAGCAGGACACUCAAAGACUUUCUCUCCCCAGAUUUAUAACAUCCAUCAGUCUUUUAUUUCUUGUUUUUUUGUGUCAGCCAAUUCAGCUGCUCUUGAUCAAUCUGUAAAACCAUGCUUAUUUUUAUUUUAAGAUUAUUUUUUAACCUUUUUCAGCAGCUUUAUGUCCCACCAUUGUAUCACAAAGUGCCUUAAACCUGCACUUUUCGAAGAAUAGUCAAGGAAACUCCCGGAGUUGCAAAAAUGUUUCAUGCAUAGACGUUUUAAAGAAAAAUAUUCCCUUUUUCAGUUAUUUUUGCAGCUUUUUGCUUUAAUUCUGAGAGGACAGGACUGUGGAUAGUGAAAUGAAUCAGGGAGAGAGUGAAGUCAAAAAAAUAAAACAAAAACCAACUCCAAGGCAAACUCUUUAACAGAUUAAAUCUCUAUACUUAGUCAAGUACACAGUAAAAAACACACUUUGAUGAAUAUUACCAGGGACUUCCUUGAUACCAGCAAGGCUGCCUAUAAGGGGGGAUAAAGGGGAGAGGUCUCCAGGGCUCAGCCAAAUGUAGAGCCCAUGGAGAUUAGCAAAACCAUGAUCCAUUGUAAAUUUAGGUUGUAAUAACUUUUUGUUUUUAACCUAAAAUAACAACCCAUCUUAUCAAAGCAACAAAUAUAAAUAAUUUAUGUUUA